GCUGAGGGCGGCGCAGGGAGCCGGGCGGAGGCGGCGAGCGGCGCGGCCCAGCCCAGCGGAGCAGCGGCGAUGGCCGGGGGGCCGCAGCCGGGAGCCCCCGGAGCCCCCUCGCCGCGGCUGCCCAGGCUGGGGCUGGUGCUGGGCCUGCUGGCCGCCCUGGCCGCGGUGAAAUACUAUCGGGACGCCGAGGCGGCCCGGCGGCAGGAGAUGGCCUUGAAGUCUCUGGGGAAUGAGGGGCUUUUUCUCUUCUCCUCUCUGGACACUAACAAUGAUCUGUACAUUAGCCCUGAGGAGUUCAAGCCAGUAGCAGAGAAAUUAACAGGUGUUACUCCUGUCCUCGAAUUUGAAGAGGAAGAGACACUGGAUCCCAGUGGGGAGACGCUAUCAAUUGUUGCUAAAUUCCAGCCCCUUCUCAUGGAAACAAUGACAAAGAGCAAAGAUGGUUUCCUAGGAAUUGCUCAUAUUGCACUGUCUGGCCUACGGAACUGGACAGCCCCAGCAGCCCCUAUGAGCAUAAUGUUUGCCAAGCAGUUCAAAGCCUUUCUUCCCCCAAAGAAUAAGAUCGAACUCGGCGAUCCCUGGUGGAUAAUCCCAAGUGAAUUAAACAUCUUCACCGGCUACCUUUCCAACAACCGGUUUUACCCUCCGGUCCCCAAGGGCAAAGAAAUCGUGAUUCACAAACUCUUGAGCAUGUUCCAUCCUCGUCCAUUUGUAAAAACUCGCUUUGCUCCCCAAGGAGCUGUGGCCUGCAUCCAGGCAAUCAGUGAGUUCUACUAUAGGAUAGCGUUCAGGAUCCAUGCCGAGUUCCAGCUGAAUGAACCUCCAGAUUUCCCUUUCUGGUUUUCCCCUGGCCAGUUCGCAGGCCACAUCGUCCUCUCCAGAGAUUCCUCCCACGUUCGAGAGUUCAAGCUCUUUGUCCCUAACAAGAGGUCUCUCAACGUUGACAUGGAAUGGCUGUAUGGGGCGAGCGAAAGCAGCAACAUGGAAGUGGAUAUAGGUUACCUACCUCAGAUGGAAUUAGAAUCUUCAGGGCCGUCCAUCCCUUCCGUGAUUCAUGACGAAAACGGCAACGUGAUGGACAGCCGAGACCCUGCGGGGGAGCCGAUUCACUUUGUGUUUGAAGAGAUAAACUGGCAGCGUGAACUAAGUGGGGAAGAGGCAGCCCAGAAACUGGAAGUUGCCAUGUACCCAUUUAAGAAGGUUUCGUACCUUCCCUUUACUCAGGCUUUUGACAGAGCGAAAGCUGAAAACAAACUGGUGCACUCCAUCCUGCUGUGGGGCGCCUUGGACGACCAGUCCUGCUGAGGUUCGGGGCGAACUCUCCGGGAGACGGUCCUGGAAAGUUCGCCCAUCCUUGCUCUGCUGAACGAGAGCUUCAUCAGUAGUUGGUCACUGGUGAAGGAGCUAGAAGAGCUACAGACUAAGAGGCAGAAUGAAUUCUACAGCAGACUGGCUGACCUGCAUCUAGAGAAAUAUAACUUCCCCGUGGAGAUGAUGAUCUGCCUUCCCAACGGAACCGUGAUUCAUCAUAUCAAUGCCAACUAUUUCUUGGAUAUUACUUCUAUGAAGCCUGAAGAAGUCGAGAGCAGCAUCUUUAGCUUCUCAACCAAUUUUGAAGAUCCUUCCACUGCAACCUACCUCCAGUUCCUGAAGGAAGGACUGCAAAGAGCCAAACGGUUCCUGCAGACCUAAAAAAAAGGCAAGUGAACACCCAGCAAAGAUGGCCAAAGAUUUUAGAGUUCUUCUAUUUUGAUUAAGGCAAUUGUUCCUGAUCUACAGUGGUACUGAUACUAAAAUGUAAAAUAUUCUAGGACUGGAGUCUUGAUCUGAAUAGUUGGGCUGUAGAUUCUAGAAUACAUCUUUUUUUUAAUACUUAAAAGGAUAAGUUAAGUGAAAUUAGAGUUUAGGAAACUUCUACAGGAGCUGAAAUACUAUAAUUUAUAUACUUAAUACAUUGUUUGAACAUAUGUCGCAAAGUCUGAUCUGUUACCAGUCCUCAUAUUUUCCAUCUUUAGUUAAAAGAUUGUGUAUAGUAAAACUCCUGUUAUAGCUACGUUGACUGAAAAUCAGAAAUGCUUGUUAUCUAGGGCCUACUUUCAACUCUCAUCACUCUUGCUGCACAGCACCAUGCAAUAGUCCCAAUGAAAUUAAGUGCUUAUGUUAAGUGCUACUCCAAGUGAAUAAGCAUUGCAGAAUUGGGUCUCCAGUGUAGAAUGCUUUCUACAAGCAUUUUGCAAACUACACCAAUUCUCUUUGCUUCUUUGUGCAAUUCAGAGUGUUGACUCUGAUCUGUAAACUGUUACGUAUUUAGGUCCUGAGUAAUUGAGAUGGCCUCUUUGAGUUGCUACAGCGGCCAGUCAGCUUGGACACCUUUGCUGACACUGUCUAGAUCUGAAGGUAGGAUGUUCUAAUUGGAGAGCAUUCAACUCUAGAAAUAAUCCACUCCCAGGUCUGCUAGAGCCCAAGUCAGUUGUGCUUCAUGGCAUGGUGUAAGACCCCAUUUUAUUUAUUCAAGCUUUUGCCUUUGAAGAGGGAUUAUCAAAUUGAUAUGGUGCAAUUGGCAGUGGGGAAUUAAUCAACAAAUGUCUUCAGUGUUGUUCAGUGCCUUGAGAGUUCUUAUUCUACGAGGUGUCCUGGAUGUGACUCCAAAAUGCCAGGGUCCUCCAGAAGUUCUCCCAUUUCCUGUACAACAUGCUAGUGUCCAUAUUUACUUUUUUUUGCACGUUUCAUGUGUUCAAUUUGCAUGAUGUAAAUAAAUCCAGUCCUCCUCCAGAAGCAAAAUGCAAAAGUUUCUUUUGAAAUGGAAGGUUCAUAUUGUUUCUUGCACAUUACCUCCUGUAAAAUUUAAAAGUGUUUUUUUUGUUUUGUUUUUUGUUUCUACUAGCUGCUUUGAAAACUGCACCUGAGAAUUUUCAAAGUACAAAGAAUGAAGGAGAACUUGCCCAGACAAAAUGCUUUUCAUCCUUCAUCUCUAACCAUCCUGAGCAGCAGCAUUUACUUUAUAUAAGUACUUGGCCACAAGACAAACGUGGCUUGAGAGUGGGGGUUAAAUUUAGUUAAGAUCAGAGAGACAAAUUUUAAAUCACAAAAUUCUUCUAUUAUGAAUGAUAUAAUAACUAUUGGAUUUUACAUAAGAACAUAAGAGUGGCUAUACUGGGUCAGAUCAGUGGUCCAUCUAGCCCACUAUCUUAUCUUCCAACAGUGUCCAGUGCCAGAUGCUUCAAAGGGAAUGAAAAAAACAGGGCAAUUAUCAAGUGAUCCAUCCCCUGUUGUUCAAUCCCGCAUCUGGUAGUCAGAGGCUUAGGGACACCCAAAGCAUGGGGUUGCAUCCUUGACCAUCUUAGCUAAAAGCCAUUGAUGGACCUGUCCUCCAUGAACUUCUCUAAUUCUUUUUUGAACCCUGUUAUAGUCUUGGCUUUCACAACAUCCUCUGGCUACGAGUUCCACAGGUUGAUUGCACAUUAUGUGAAAAAGUACUUCUUUUUGUUUGAUUUAAACCUGCUGCCUAUUAAUUUCAUUGGGCGACCCCUAGUUCCUAUGUAAAGGAGUAAAUAACACUUCCUUAUUCACUUUCUCCACACCAGUCAUGAUCUUAUAGACCUCGAUCAUAUCCCCACCUUGGUUGUCUCUUCCAAGCUGAACAGUCCGUCUUUUUAAUCUCUCCUCAUGUGAAAGCUGUUCCAGUCCCUUAAUCAUGUUUAUUGCCCUUCUCUGUAUCUUUGCAAUUUCUAAGAUAUGUUCUGAGAUGGAGUGACUAGAACUGCAUGCAGCAUUCCGGGUGUGGGCUUUCCAUGGAUUUAUAUAGUGGCAUUAUGAUAUUUAUUGUCGUCUUAUCGAUUCCUUUCCUAAUGGUUCCUAACAUUCUGUUAGCUUUUUUGACUACCACUUCACAUUAAGCAGAGAACUAGCCUUGACGACUCCAAGAUCUCUUUCUUGAGUGGUAACAGGUAAUUUAGACUCCAUCAUUUUGUAUGCAUAGUUAGGAUUAUGUUUUCCAACAUGCAUUUAUCAACAUUGAAUUUCACAUGCCAUUUUAUUGCCCAAUCACCCAGUUUUGUGAGAUCUUUUUGUAGCUCUUCACAGUCUGGUUUGGACUUAACUAUCUUGAGUAAUUUUCUAUCAUCUGCAAACAUUGCCAUCUCACUGUUUACCCCUUUUCCCAGAUCACGUAUGAAAAUGUUGAACAGCACAUGUUCCUGGGGGACCCCACUAUUUACCUCUGUCCAUUCUGAAAACUGACCUUUUAUUCCUAUCCUUUGUUUCCUGUCUUUUAUCCAAUUACUCAUUCAUGAGAGGACCUUCCCUCUUAACCUAGGACCACUUAGUUUGCUUAAGAGCUUUUGGUGAAGGACCUUGUCAAAGGCUUUCUGAAAGUCCAAGUACACUAUAUCCACUGGAUCACCCUUGUUCAAGUGUUUGUUGACCCUCCUCAAAGAAUUCUAAUAGAUUAGUGAGGCAUGAUUUUCCUUUACAAAAGCCGCAUUGAUACUUUCCCAACAAAUUGUAUUCAUCUAUGUGUCUGAUCAUUUUUAAAAAGGAUUGUUGCUUUUCAGUAGCCAUAAACCGUUACUUUUGUGGCAGCACGUUUUAAUGCACGUUCCUGUAGGUAGAUGAGACAGCAUCCGUGGUAGACAAUCAAAAGCAGCCAAUUACUACAGACAAAUAGCAGAGCUGUUGUCACCUUUUCUGCUCUCUGAAGCACAUUUGAGUCCAAAACGCACUCAAGGGACCAAAUGAAAAGGAGAACACCCCCCAACGCUCUGUACUGUUUGGGUAUCUUGGUUUUUUUUCCUUCAUGGGUGUGUAACCCAUGACAAAAAGCUCACCCCAACCCACUUGUUGUAGUGACCUU